AUGCAGGCUGCUUCUCAAUUUCCAUUUUUGAACGAUCCAUCCGAUGCUUUCCCUGAGAACGUUUUACGUAUCGUGGAAACUGCAUGGUCAGCAUGUUCAGAAAGUACUGCCGAUGAACGUAUCGUCCACGCCAGCUUGGGCCAAACAAGAGAAGAACACUUGAUGCGUAUGUUAUUGCGACAGAAUGCAGAACCUUUUCAAGCAGCGAAAUCACCGCCCGCAAGCCCAGAUUCCGGCAUCGAAUGUGACGUUCCCUAUUGGAGUACAGAGAUGCAUUCCUCACCUGGCGCUUUAUCAGCUCACUCACAAUUUACACCUCACGUAUACCAUAAUCCAACUGUCUCGGUACCGAAACCCCGUCCACUUCUUAGACAACGCGAGUCAUAUUUUAUGAAUCCUGUUGAACAACUACCGCCUAUUGACCUGAGUUCGUUACCCAGCGGAAACGCAAAACAUCCUAGAUCAGCCACUCCAAUGCAAGUCCAUAAGAGACCGCACAUGCCCCGAAAACAAGAUGCAAUUUACAAUGCACGCUACAAGACCCAGCCGUGUUUACACUACCAGAAGCAUAAACGCUGCCCACUUGGAGAAAACUGUCACUUCGCCCACGGGCCCCAAGAACUGCUUCAUCCACAAUCUCAUCCGAAAUACAGAACCCGCAUGUGUAUGAACUUUCUUUACACCGGUACUUGUCCAUUUGGUAAGAAAUGCUAUUUCGUUCACCCUGUACCUACUAUUUCUACAAACCAGUUUCCCGCUAUCUAA